GGUCCUCACGGCUCUCUCCUAGCCUUCGACAGGCCGAUCUAUUUUUUUGCUUAUAACUUUCCAGCAUUUCAGAACUUAUCUUCCAACACUUCCGUUCCUUGAGCUGAGCUCUCAUCUACCUUCCUUUCCACACGUAUCCGGCACCCCGUAACAUUGACCUAUAUCCCCCUUUCUUCACGCACCAUCAUGAAGACCAUGCACAGUCUAUUGGUCUCAGUCCUCAGCGCCGUCACUCUUGCAUCUGCUGCUCCCAUCUUCUACCGCACAGACAAUACAACUGCUUCGUCUCAAGUUAUCAUGUUGAACACUCCCAACUUCGUCAGUGAACAAGCUGGAGCUGUGUAUUUCAUCAGCAAUGAGCCCUCAGGUAACUUUGUCGUCGUUGGAGAAGUCCAGGAUAAUGGCGCUGUGGUUCCCAACCGAGCGGUAUCAACUGGUGGACAGGGUGCUCAUGGUGUGAGCGACCCAAUUGGUCCUGACCCACUGUUCUCGCAGGGUGCCAUCAAAGCUUCCGCCAAAGGCCAGAAGCUCGCAGCUGUCAAUCCGGGAGACAACACCGUUUCUCUUUUCUCGAUCGAUCCCAAGAAUCCCGUUGAUAUCAAGAUGAUCGGUACUCCUCAGAGUAGUGGUGGAGAGUUCCCUGUAUCCGUUGCUUUCAACAAGGAUGCUACCCAACUGUGUGUUUUGAACAGCGGGAAGGUGAACGGUGUCAACUGUUACCAAGUCGAUAGUUCCAACGGACUUGUUGCGCAGGCGGACACGACUCGUUCUUUGGGUCUCAACCAAACGACUCCUCCCGCUGGUCCUGCUAACACUCCCAGUCAUGUCAUCUUCAACGAAGACGGCACCAAGCUAAUCGCUUCCGUUAAGGGUACACCACCCAACCAGCCUGGUUUCCUUGCUGUCUGGGACGUUGCCGAGGACGGUACGCUCUCCAAAGACUUCACAUCGAUUGCUCCUGCGGCUGGCGGUCUCCUUCCCUUCUCAUUGACCAAUAUCAAUGGCAUGAAUGCUGUCCUCGCCACUGAUGCUGGUGUCGGGUUUGAUAUCUUUGAUUUCUCAACUGUCAAGAACGCCCAGGACGGGGGGAACCAAACGUCUGCUAAGAAUUCUGUGGUGCCUAUUGAGGGACAGAUGGCGACGUGCUGGUCGAGUUUCAGCAACGAGACCGGAAAUUUCUAUCUCACCGACGUUGGAACUUCGACUGUCACUGAAGUUAAUGUCGACAAGGACUUGAAGGGAACAAUUGUCAAGCAAUAUCCCCAGCUGAAUAACUCUGCGACGAUUGAUAACGAUGUGGCUCAGAUCAAUGGCAAAGAUUUCUUGUACAUAUUGGCCGCCGGCGCAACUUCUAUCGACGUCAUGUCCCUGCACGCUUCCGGCAAUGCUACCAGCCUUGGUUCUUUCAGCUUCGACUUUGCUGCGAAGCAGGCGAACUUGACAUUGAAUGCGAACAACUUACAGGGAAUGACUACGUUUGUGAAGGAGUAAUCGUAUUUACGCUGCUCUUAUUCCUGUGAUGAAGUUCCGGAAUCGUGACUUUGCGGUUAUUGGAUGGAUGUCUACGCUUCCUCGUUUCCUUCAUGUGCAUAUGCAGUACUACGAUGCAUGUCUUGCUUCUAUUCUCUUGCUGACUGCAGCAAGAGAUAUGCUCGAAACCCUUCGCGGCUUGACAGUUUUACAAUUGAAACUUUGCGUUUGGGGACUACACUGAAUUUGUAACCGCUUUUGUAUUUUUACGUGAAGUACCACUGCCCGCUUAGCUCAAUCGGAUAGAGAGGGUCAGACUCUUAAAUCCGUGUAGGUGGGAACCGUGGGAAUAUUAAUCUAAAGCUGUUUCUGUUUCCU